UACACACAAUCGAUGCACAUCGCGCAAAGCUUCGAAUGGUUAUUAUUUAUCUUGUGUUAUUGUGUAUUUUAUUCGGAAGAAACACCACCUGAAGAUUGCUGACAUUUAGUGAACACUUUUUAGUGCAUUCAGUAGAGUAUUGAAACCGCGUAAGGCAGAGUUUCUUUUAAGACAGUGAAAAUUCGACGGAGUGGGGUGAACCUACCUGUAAACUGGACCAGUGAUAUUUGCAAAAGCGUAGUGGAUGAAGGAAGAUCCGCAAAAACCAUAAUCGAUUCAAACAAUGGCCAACGAGGACACGAGCUUCAUUCCCGAUCUACCCACCGGCGGACCUCUGGCCGCAUAUCGCAAGAGGGCCAACUUUGACUGGAAGCGAUUGCGACUCAUAUUCGAAAAGGAGCAGGGACUGCGCAUUAAGUACAAAGUAUGGCGUCGCCUGGAGAACGAUCCCCUCUUUGCCCAUCCCUCCCGCACACUGCCCAUGGAUGAGCAAAAGCGACUUUGCGCCAUGCAGGUGAACCGCAUGAAGCACCUGGAUCUGGUGCCCAAGGAGAUUGAAAGCCUGAGCUUCUCGGCCAAGACCAAGUACCUGAUGUACAUCAACGAGGCCCUGGCCUGCUACUCGCCCAGUCUCUCUGUUAAGAUCGCCUUGGGCGUUGGCCUGUUCAAUAAUGCCAUCCGGGCCAUGGGCACUGAGAAGCACCAGAAGUACAUCGAGGCGGCAUGGAACCGUGAGGUGAUCACAUGCCUGGCCAUCACGGAAUUGUCGCAUGGCAGCAACACGAAAAGCAUUCGCACCACGGCCACCUAUGAUCCGAGCACCCAGGAGUUUGUGAUCAACACGCCGGACUUUGAGGCCGCCAAGUGCUGGGUUGGAAAUCUGGGCAAGAUGGCCACCGUGGCCAUGACCUUUGCCAAUCUGUACACGGCCGAUGGUGAGAACCAUGGACUGCACGGCUUCUUGAUUCCCAUACGUGACCCCAAGACCCUGAUCUCCUACCCGGGCGUUCUCGUGGGCGACAUCGGUGAGAAGUGCGGCCUGAAUGGCAUCGACAAUGGCUUUGUGGUCUUUACCAACUAUCGCAUUCCGCGCGACAAUCUCCUUAAUCGCACCAGCGAUGUGUCGCCCGAGGGGGUCUAUGAAAGCGUGUUCACGGAGCCCGGCAAGGUCCUGGGAGCCGCUCUUGAGAGCUUCUCGGCCGGACGCAUUGGCAUCAUGCAGGAGUCGGCCAAUACCUUGUGCAGUGCCGCUGUCAUUGCUGUGCGUUAUGCGGCGGUUCGCAAGCAAUUCGGACCGGAGCGACAGGGCGAGGAGAUGGCCAUCUUGGAGUACCAAUUGCAUCAAUAUCGUAUAUUCCCCUAUCUGGCUGCUGCCUGCGUCCAGAAAAUAGCUGUUGAAGAGCUGACCAUCACGUAUAUGGAAAUCAUAGCCCGUUCCCAGGCCGACUCCAAUGGCUUCGACAUCUUGACCCAAAAUGCAGCUGAGAUCCAUGCCUUGAUCUCCUCCUCGAAGCCGCUCAUUACUUGGGCCGCCCGGGAUGCCAUUCAGGAGGCCCGAGAGGCUUGUGGCGGUCAUGGCUACUUGGCAGCUGCCAAGCUGGGUCAGAUGCGCACCGACCACGAUCCGCUGUGCACCUACGAGGGCGACAACAAUGUGCUGGGACAGCAGGCCUCCAACUGGCUGCUGCGCCAAUGGAGCGCCAAGGAGCUAGAGACGCCCAUUGGCAGCGUGAAGUUCCUGGAGCGACGUCAUGAUUUGCUGGCUCUGAAGUAUGCUACGCUGGUCCAGCAGACUCCGAUUUCCAGCUGGGAAUUUUCUCUCCGUUGCUACGAGUGGCUGCUGUGCCAUCUGAUGGCUCACACCACGGCUCACAUUGAGGGCGAGUUGGCGGCCGGUGGAAGCAGAUUCGAUGCGAGAAACAACUCCCAGGUGGCCGGAGCCCGGGAACUGUCCUUGGCCUACGCCGAGUACUAUGCUCUGAGCCGCUAUGCCGAUCAUGUCCGCAAGCUUAGUGUGGAGCCGCCAUAUGCUUCUGUGCUGCGUCUGCUGUUCGAUGUGUAUUCUAUGUGGUUGCUGGAGAAGCACAUGACCACCUUCUAUGUGGGUGGAUUCGCAGCCGGCAAGGAUUUCGCGGCGGCAGUGCGACGGCUGCUACUCGACAGCUGCCUGAAGCUAAAGGAUGUGGCCGUGAGCGUGGCCGAUGCCAUUUCACCGCCCGACUUCGCUCUGAACUCGGUGAUCGCUCGAGCGGAUGGGCUGCUCUAUGAGAAUUUGCAAAAUGAAUUUAUGACCAACGAGGGUGCGUUCCAGCGUCCCACCUGGUGGCGGGAUGUCAUCAUACCGCAGGCCCAGUCCAAACUGUGAGGAUUCCCACCGAUUUUCAUUGAGACGACAAGUGCCUGGGACUUGGUAACGGGAAGGGAGUCGGCCAAGUUGUAAUUGUAAUUGUGAUUGCCCCAUUUGUUAUCAGGUAUUACGGCAAAUUGCAUUCGCAUUGAUCCUACAUAGUAAACAUUUUCCAUCAUAAAUUGUAACGUUCACUCGAGUAUUUUAAGAUCAAAUCUGUUACUAGCAUACGGGUUAACAAGUUAUGUAAAAAUUAAAUGAUGUCAGUUGAUUACAAGA